UUCCCCCUGGACAGCUCAAAUGUCUUAUUUUGGACUUAUAGUGCUUCUGCCAAUUGUUUGCUGUGCGAAAACUCCACCUGACAUAAUAUUCUUGCUGGCCGACGACCUGGGAUGGGACGACGUGAGCUUUCAUGGCUCCUCUCAAAUCCCGACACCAAACUUGGAUGCCCUCGCGGCCGAUGGCGUCAUACUGAACAGUUACUACGCCCAGCCAGCGUGCACCCCUUCGAGGGCUGCCCUCAUGACUGGCCUUUACCCAUGUCGCACAGGCAUGCAAGGCCUCGCGAUCGAUGUAGCCGAGCCGUGGGCACUGCCAACAAAUCUGCGGAUUCUGCCGCAGUACCUGAAGGACCUCGGCUACCAGACACAUCUUGUUGGGAAGUGGAACCUGGGAUAUUACACAGAAAGCGUCACUCCUACUUUACGCGGUUUCGACAGCUUUUAUGGGUAUAACAACGGAGAUGAAGACUAUUACACCCACAGCAUCACAUACGACAACCAUACAGGCCUUGACUUUUGGAUGAACACUGACCCGCUGUGGUUUGUAAACGGAACGUAUUCCACCACGCUCUACACAGAAAGAGCUCAACAUAUCAUCGCCAACAGAGACAAGAAGAAGCCGCUGUUCCUUCUGUUGAGCUACCAGGCAGUACAUGGUACAGACUUAGAGGGCCACCUGCAGGCUCCACAGGAAAAUGUCGACAAGUUUCCCUACAUAGGAGAAGAGAAGAGAACAAUCUUUGCAGGGAUGGUGGACGCGAUGGACCAGUCCGUAGGCGAGGUGUUCAAGGCUUUGAGCGUCGCCGGGAUGCUGCAGAAUGCAGUCAUCGCCUUCAGCAGCGACAAUGGCGGCGUUCCGUUCGGGGCACACGGGAGCCGCAGCUUCAACUGGCCGCUCCGUGGAUCCAAAGGGACUCUUUGGGAAGGCGCCACUAGGUCGGCGGCAUUCGUUUGGAGUCCCCUGCUCGACCGCACGCGUAGAGUUUCCCACCAACUAAUGCACAUCACGGACUGGCUGCCUACACUGUACUCUAUCGGUGGAGGCGACGUAAAGAGCCUUGGCACGAUGGAUGGGCUUGACAUGUGGCGGCACCUCUCUCAAGAAUUGCCUUCACCUCGCGUAGAGAUGCUGUACAAUUACGACGAGUGGAUUAUGCACGCAUCGGCGCUGCGCUUCUCGCGAUACAAACUUGUGCUUGAUGUCGACGGUGGCGAAGGUCCUGAGAAGCCUCUACAAGAAGAACCGUCUGAACUUUCCCAGUGA